UCCUCUGACCUGGCCGGGCGGAAAGUCGGAUCCCGAGGCUUCAGCUCGGAAAGCAGCCGAGCGACCAUGGAGCUGUGCGGGCUGGGGCUGCCCCGGCCGCCCAUGCUGCUGGCGCUGCUGUUGGCGACGCUGCUGGCGGCGAUGUUGGCGCUGCUGACUCAGGUGGCGCUCGUGGUGCAGGUGGCGGAGGCGACUCGGGCCCCGGGCGUCUCGGCCGCGCGGGGGCCGGCGCUGUGGCCCCUGCCGCUCUCGGUGAAGAUGACCCCGAACCUGCUUCAUCUUGCCCCGGAGAACUUCUACAUCAGCCACAGCCCCAAUUCCACGGCGGGCCCCUCCUGCACCCUGCUGGAGGAAGCGUUUCGGCGAUAUCAUAGCUAUAUUUUUGGUUUCUACAAGUGGGAUCAUGAACCUGCUAAAUCCCAGGCUACAGCCCAGCUUCAGCAACUUCUUGUCUCAAUCACCCUGCAGUCAGAGUGUGACGCUUUCCCCAACAUAUCUUCAGAUGAGUCUUAUACUCUACUUGUGAAAGAACCAGUGGCUGUCCUUAAGGCCAACAGAGUUUGGGGAGCAUUACGAGGUUUAGAGACCUUUAGCCAGUUAGUUUAUCAAGAUUCUUGUGGGACUUUCACCAUCAAUGAAUCCACCAUUAUUGAUUCUCCAAGGUUUCCUCACAGAGGAAUUUUGAUUGAUACAUCCAGACACUAUCUGCCAGUUAAGAUUAUUCUUAAAACUCUGGAUGCCAUGGCUUUUAAUAAGUUUAAUGUUCUUCACUGGCACAUAGUCGAUGACCAGUCUUUCCCAUAUCAGAGCAUCGCAUUUCCUGAGUUAAGCAAUAAAGGAAGCUAUUCUUUGUCUCAUGUUUAUACACCAAAUGAUGUCCGCAUGGUGAUUGAAUAUGCCAGAUUACGAGGAAUUCGAGUCCUGCCAGAAUUUGAUACCCCUGGGCAUACACUAUCUUGGGGAAAAGGUCAGAAAGACCUCCUGACUCCGUGUUACAGUAGACAAAACAAGUUGGACUCUUUUGGACCUAUAAACCCUACUCUGAAUACAACAUACAGCUUCCUUACUACAUUUUUCAAAGAAAUUAGUGAGGUGUUUCCAGAUCAAUUCAUUCAUUUGGGAGGAGAUGAAGUGGAAUUUAAAUGUUGGGAAUCAAAUCCAAAAAUUCAAGAUUUCAUGAAGCAAAAGGGCUUUGGCAAAGAUUUUAAAAAACUAGAAUCUUUCUACAUUCAAAAGGUUUUGGAUAUUAUUGCAACCAUAAACAAGGGAUCCAUUGUCUGGCAGGAGGUUUUUGAUGAUAAAGUGAAGCUUGCGCCGGGCACAAUAGUUGAAGUAUGGAAAGACAACGCGUAUCCUGAGGAACUCAGCAAAGUCACAGCAUCUGGCUUCCCCGUAAUCCUUUCUGCUCCUUGGUACUUAGAUUUGAUUAGUUAUGGACAAGAUUGGAGGAAAUACUAUAAAGUGGAACCUCUUGAUUUUGGUGGUACUCGGGAACAGAAACAACUUUUCAUUGGUGGAGAAGCUUGUCUAUGGGGAGAAUAUGUGGAUGCAACUAACCUCACUCCGAGAUUAUGGCCUCGGGCAAGUGCUGUUGGUGAGAGACUCUGGAGCUCCAAAGAUGUCAGAGAUAUGGAUGGCGCCUAUGACAGACUGACAAGGCACCGCUGCAGGAUGGUCGAACGUGGAAUAGCUGCACAACCUCUUUAUGCUGGAUAUUGUAACCAUGAGAACGUGUAAAAAUGAAAGGGAAAAAAGCACAGCAAUCUGUACUACAGUCAACUUUAUUUUGAAAUCAUGUAAAUCAACAAGAUAUUAA